UUCUCCUACAUCUCUUAUGUUAAAGUUGAGUACUUGAUAGAUCUAGUAGAUCUAGAUUCAGUAUAAAACACAGUAGUAAGUCAUUGUUAGUCUAUCUACACUACUAUGAUUUCUCCUACAUCUCUUAUGUCCUCUUGAUUGAUUGUGAUUUGUAAGUAUAAGUGUCAAUACCACAAGAAGUGUGUAAUGUGUCAUAAUUAUGGCUUGGUACCACAAUAGCUACUAUACAUACAUUCAUUAUAAGACAUUGUUUAAAGUUGAGUACUUGAGACUAUAAGUUAGAUCUAGUAGAUCUAGAUUCAGUAUAAAACACAGUAGUAAGUCAUUGUUAGUCUAUCUAUACUACUUUUGGAACUCUCACAUGACUGCAUGCAUGUGUAGAACAGUAUUGUUAAUAAUUAUAUCUACCAAUAGUUCAAGUUGUCACGUUAGUUUCUAACCAUGCAUCUUGUCGUGCUUCAUGGCUAUCUUUUGAGCGGAAGUGGUUCAAAUAUUUACACUGCCAACGUUGCCAAGGCGUGGAAAGUAAUGGGCCACGGAGUGACUGUUGUCUGCCAAGAUCGAAAUGCUAGGAGUUGUGAAUUUGUUGAUGAAGUUUUUAUCGGAACAGAUUGUAUCCCAGCAACGGCACCUGAUAAGGGUACCGUACGUGUGGUCGUGCCUGAUAUUGAUGAUCUUUUGCUUGUAUAUGUCUUCAACGAAUAUGAGGGCUACACUGUCAAAGAACUAGGUGACCAAAACAACUGUUCCAUUCAAGAAAUCGACAACUACAUUUCCAAAACAGUAGCUGGAUUGAAGAGAGUUUUGUCACAAGGUGUUGAUCGUGUAUUGGCCAAUCAUCUUCUCUUGGGACCCAUCAUAGCUAAACGAGCUUGCGAGGAUUUUCGCGUACCUUAUGAUGUGAAGAUCCAUGGAAGUGCUAUCACUUUUUCACUGAAACAACGACCUGAGCUGCUGGGAUAUGCAAUCGAGGGGCUAUCAGAUUGUGCUAAGAUCGUGGUUGGCACUGCUCAUGUUGCUGGGGUGAUGAAAUCUGUUCUGGAUAAUUGCCCACAAAAGGAUGCAUUUGAAAAGAAAAUGGUUACUAUUCCCCCUGGUAUAGAUCCCAAUACAUUCAAACUGCUUGAGAGCCCAUCCAGCAAUUUGCAGCUGUUUUUGAAGUCUAUCAAAGAAUUCGCUAUUCGAAAACCAAACGGAAGGAAUGCUUUGAAAGUGACCUUGCCUGAAAAUGCUUCCCAAAUUCCUGAUCUGAGAAAUGAAUUGGUCACCUUGUGCAACUCCUAUGACCAAUUCUCAGUUGAUUCGGACCUGCUUUUCAGGUGGCCUUUGAUUGCUGAUGAUGAACCAAUUAUUGUCUACUUUGGAGCGUAUUUACAUACAAAAGGAGUGGGAGAACUGAUAGCUUGCUUUCCACGCAUUCUUGAGCAUGCCCCCAAGGCACGACUACUGUUGAUAGGCUAUGGAAGCUACCGUGAGAACAUGGAAGGAAUGUUAGCAGCACUCAAAUCAGGAAACUUGGAGGAUUUCGUAUCCUACGCCCAAGCUGGUGAUUUUCUCGAUUGCCCCCCAGUUCAACUAGGAACUCUUUUCCGUCAACUGUCGACAGAAGAAUGUGAACGUGGAAUUCUUCAGCAUAAACAACUUAGUGCGAUUCUGCCGUUGGCCAGCAUUGCAGUAUUCCCCAUCAAAGCACCCGAAGCUUUUGGUAUGGUCAGUAUAGAGGCAAUGUCCUGCGGAGUAUUCCCGAUUUGCACAUACCAAACUGGUAUCAAAGACGUACUUGAUGUUGUCAAAAGUAGCGAUCCUGAGUUAGAAUCGAUCAUGCAUAUCGAGCCUCAGGCAGGAGGUAAGCACGGUUGUGCCAAUGGUAGCAACCUUGUAGAGCAAAUACCUCUUGCGGUGUUGAGAGCGAUGCACUAUCUCUACCCAAGUGGACCUCUCGACUGGACCAAGAGAAAGGAGGUGGGGAGGAGGUUGAGAGCCAUUGCCAUGGAGAACUUUGCUUGGGAGAAAAUCUGUUCUGCUCUCAUUAGUAGCACCUUAUAGUGAUAGGUCCAAGGAGCUAGACCUAUUUUGUUUACAUAAAAUAGUUUUACAGCUUUUCUCAAGCAAUUAUAUUAAAUGAUGUUCAACUCAGUCUGGUCAUAAUUAUUAUCCUAUGAUUAUGUUAAGCAUGACUUGGGUGCAUGGAAAAGCUGGCACAGGACAUUCAAUUUGUUAUUUGUUGCCAUUCUCACUCGCAUUAAUAUUAACUACAUUCUACGAGAAUAAACGGAGUGAUAGCAGUGAAAAACAGCUACUAAAGUACGAGUUAAAGUUCAGAAUCAGCUAUACUGUUCUGUGGGGCUAAUCUAAAGAUGAGUUGAGUUUCAGUAUACCCUAUAUACACUAGACAGUAUUGUACGACUAUAAGGAACUAACUACGAACUGCGAUCGUAUCUACUUUCGACCAAUCAGGCCUCCAACUCCGAGGUGUGCAGCGAGAGGACGGAUGAUCGACUGCACAAUUUUUCUGAGAUUGAUACCAAAACUGAAGUGUCGACGUCUUCCUUGAAUCUUCACACGAAGGGAGGCAUGAUAUUUACCAAGAGCAGCAUUCGUCAGAGGUGCUUCAAUGCUAAUGUGCUCAACAGCAAAAACAUUACUCAAACCACGCAGUUUAAUCUGGUUGAGCAUUCGAACACCGUUUUGGAGUCUCUUUUUGACGUUGUCGAGUUGCCUGCGUGCAUAGUUCCAUGCCCUUCUGGCGGUAUUAACCAAAUUCAUAGCAUGAUGGAAAAUCCUCCUGGCUCCCCCAAGGGCACGGCUAACUCCAUUGAGAAAACGAGAUGCUACAUUCA